AAAUAUUUGCUUAUUUUUUAUAUUGUUCACUUUGUUUCAAUGAAGUGCUCGCUUCACUUCUCGCUUCUCGCCUAGGCCUUCAGGAGCCCGGUUCGCUUUGAUUCACUUUUCGCCUUAAAUAACACUAGCCGAGGCCCCUAUCCACUCCAACAUUGUCUAGGUUUUCCGACUCAAAGAUGCCUAGCAUAGUCGCAACGUUGCCCAAAGCGUUGGCCCCUCCCAACAACUCGCUGGUGUCGCCUAGCUCUUCGCUAACACGCCUAGGCCACCUGGCCUGUGCCAACGCCGCCACUUAGCCCAUGCCAUCGUUGUUGGAACAGCCAGGCCUGCGCCCACCUGCCCAGUGCGCGCAGCUGUGUUUGCUACUGGCUGGCGUCGUCCAGCGCCUAGUUGGUGCUACCCAGUAUUCCAAUCACGAUGUCAUCUCCCAGCUUGGCAUCACCUUCAUGCACACUUUCUCUCCCAGCGUUGCCGUUGUCACCUUGGGCGUCGCCUUUGUGGGUGCCGCCAUAUGGGUAAGAGGGGGUCGCUUGGGGCUUCGCCAGGCAUGGGUAGACCACCCCCUGACCUUGAUCCCACUGUGCCACCUUGCUUUGUCGUUGAAGCCUCCGUCUCCAUCUUCUUUUGUGAAGUUCCUUGUGCUAGGGAAUUGUUCAGAAGAAAGAUGUGAGGGCGAAAGAUGGAAGAAUAGGGGUUAUAAAAAAUGGAAGGGCUAAAAGUACUUUCAAGGGUUUAUAAAUAUUCUGGCCAAUAGGCCAAGCCCUAAAUGAAAAAGGGGUUUUAACUAAUGGAAAACUCAAUGGAGGAGAUUGUAUGCUACUGCAAUCGUUGCCCAACCAUGGAGUUACCAAGUGAAGAAGAGGGCUUCGCGAUUGAAGAAAGGAAGAAGCCAUCGUGCAAAACAAGAAACCUCUUUUAUAUGCAGAGCUCACUCAUACCCUCAAUCCCUUUGCAAGCAAUCGGGGCUUAGGAUAUAGGGGCAAAUGAUGAGCCCAGAUCCAGCUGGGUCAGGCCUAAUUAAUGAGAUAAGCCUAAAUUAGCUACAAAGCAGGUUCAGCUUAGUUCAUAGGUUUGGCCCGGUCCAAGAUUCAAGGAAUCCAAGAAGAUUAGCGCACGUGGGGAGAAAUUAUCGGGAUAGCCACUCUCUUAGCUGAAGACUAUCUUUAAUUGUACCUAUUCUUAGCUGUAGGUAUCCUCCCCGAUAGAUUAGUCUCCUAUCCCAUCACGUUACCGUCUCAACCGAAGCUAUGUGUUUAUAAAUUGUAAGUCCUCUCUACACAUGAGAGAAACACCUUUUACACACCCGCAUCUCUCUACACACCCUCUACACAGCUAUCUUUCUCAUAGCUACUUUGAGCUUCUCAUUGUGCCCUCGCUCUCUCUUACACCUUCUACUUUAUUAAUAAAGUUCUUUGGUCAUCAUUGCAGCAUUCGGAGUGGAGUAGUUUAUCUUGACUAAAUCACUAUACAUCUGUGUGUUGACCCAAUCUCUGUCUCCUUCAUUAAUUGUCUUAUUGAUUGUUUCAUUAAUUAUUUUGUAUCAUACACUAGACUAUUGAUUGUGCAUAAGUCUAUUUUGUGCAUCAUCACCAUUGAUUCUACAUAGUACCAGCUGACGGUUGUAAUCUCUAUCUUCAUCUAUAUAGUUUAUUUCUCCGUAAGGAUGAGUAACCCUGACCAUUGGAACUCUCUUCAAAGACCAUUUCUUCCUUUUCAUUUUGUAUUUUAGCUAGUAAAUAUAGUUAGACUAAUAGAACAAGUUAAUACAUUUUGUAAUAAAUCUCUUCUGUAAUAAAAGGGUAAAGAAAGUUCUGAAGACUAAAAAUAGUUCUUGUUUCUGAGGUCAGUACUUACAUUUUUCGCCAACCUAAAGGAGGGUGAGCACCUUGGCGGUCAUUGAGAGUGGCAAAAUAGUUCAUUAGUUUGGUUGACAAAACCUGUAGAUGAUGUAUCCGUCUUUGUGCAUCAAGAUUUAAAUUCAAAUUUCAUGAAACAAUUUCUUCUUUUCUUUUUUUUUU